GACUGCGGACACAGUACAGGGAUGACCAGAGACUGCGGACACAGUACAGGAGAUGACCAGAGACUGCGGACAGUACAGGAGAUGACCAGAGACUGCGGACACAGUACAGGAGAUGACCAGAGACUGCGGACAGUACAGGAGAUGACCAGAGACUGCGGACACAGUACAGGGAUGACCAGAGACUGCAGACACAGUACAGGGAUGACCAGAGACUGCGGACAUAGUACAGGAGAUGACCAGAGACUGCGGACAGUACAGGAGAUGACCAGAGACUGCGGACACAGUACAGGAGAUGACCAGAGACUGCGGAUAUAGUACAGGAGAUGACCAGAG